UACAAAGGUAAAGCUGGAGGAGCUGGAUGACACAUGGUGAGGGUCAGAGGGAGGGACCGAUUACCAUAGAAACUGGUUGGACUGUUCAGAGAAACAGGAGAAAGGGGUGAACGCUAAAUGGUCCAACUGUGAAGUUCACUGAUCCAAACACAGAUCACUGAUUACAGCUGUUGACUGUAGCUGCAAACUCAAAUCCUUGUGGAUGCCAUUUUUUCUUGCCUUGUGGUUAUUCUGAUGUUCCUCUGACAGAACAGGAGCCAUAUGGAGUAGAAGUCGUCGCUGGUCGAGGUGAACUCCCACUCAUGGACCUGAAAUCUUCUGAAAAUCAUCUGAAAAGGUCAGAAGAUGACAAAAAAGAAAGCUGACAGGAUCCCAGACCCACAGACCACAGCCAUGUUCAGCACCCUCUUUACAUAGAAGCUCCUUGAUUCCUCACCAUGUCGUCCAGAGGUGAAGCUCCACUGAACUUUAGCGUCUCCUCACUCCACGACGUCCUGGUCUCCUACUCGCCCUCUCGCUCCACUGCCCCUCCGUCUCCAUCCUGCAGCAUAGAUGAGUCCUACAAAUACAUCUUCCUCCCCAUUUGCUAUUCCUUCACGUUCAUCUUCAGCAUUUCUCUCAACUCUGUUGUCCUGUACCGUUCGUUCCGGCGGACCAAGCGCUGGAACGCCUCUCUGAUCUACAUGGUGAACCUGGCCUCCACAGACUUCAUGUAUGGCCUGUCGCUGCCGUUUCUGGUGGCUAGCUACAUCAUGCGUGACACCUGGGUUUUCGGGGAUUUCAUGUGCCGCCUGGUCCGUUUCCUCUUCUACUUCAACCUCUACUGCUCCAUCUUCUUCCUCACAUGCAUCUCUGUCCACAGGUACCUUGGUAUCUGCCACCCAAUGAAAGUCAUCACACUGGAGACCAAGAAGGUCGUCAAAUGCACUUGCAUCCUGGUUUGGAUUGUAGUUUUUGCUUUGACCUGCCCGAUUUUCCGUUUUGCACAGACUGGCCAUGUGACAAGGUUGGCUAGGCUCAGCAGCAACGCCAGCACCACAGACAAUGAGACAGCACUUAUGAGUAGUAACGCCAGCUUUGGUAGCGCAGGACGGCUCAUGGAGCAGUACCAGAACUGUUGGGACGAUGCCAUAGAUGAGGAGUUUUCUGAUUACGUGCCCUAUGGCAUCAUACUCCAUCUGCUUGGCUUCUUUGUGCCUUUUUCUGUAAUUGCAUGGUGUUAUUCUCACGUUGUUCUGACCAUAUUUAGGACCCUCCAUUCUCUGCCCCCAUCCCACAAAGAUAAGAGAAUGGGAUUACAUGAAGGAGUGGAGAGAAGCGAAAGGAUGAACCCUGCAGCAGCUGGAAGAGGAAGAAGAGGGAGCAAGGAGGUCUUUCGAAUAGUUGGGGAUGAGGGCAUUUCUAUUUUUCUUGGUUCCCACUCCCCGUAUGCCAAUCGCAGGCGUAAAUCUAUUAAGACCAUUAUCACUAUCACCCUCCUUUUUGCUCUGUGUUUCUUUCCUUUCCAUGUAACUAGAACCAUCUUCUUGAUACUAAAAGUAACUAAAAAAGUCCCGUGUCACACCAUGACCACAGUCUCCAUGUGCUAUAAGAUCACAAGGCCUCUGGCUUCAUUUAACGCCUGGCUCAACGCUCUUCUUUACUUCCUGACUAAAGAAAAGGGGGGAGCCAACUGCUGCCCAACAGUAAACACCAACAUCCAAGGCCAUGGUGGACUUCUAUUGCCACUGAGGAUGAUGGGAAAAGGAGCAGACGUAUAGGUGGAAGACGUAAUAACAAGAUGGAGGAUGAGGUUGUCUGUUAUCAUAAAGACAGGCUCUCGUAUAACGUGUUGCAAAAAUCUUACUUUGACUCAUUAUGAUUUUCAUAUAUGUUUUUUACUGAAUUGCUGGUCUGUUACAAGUCAUGUCAGAAAGUCUAGCUAGUCGGUUAAUUCAACAUAAAAACAGAUGUGACACCUGUUAUGUAUGACUUUUAUUGAUGCUGCAUUCAUUAUUACACAGAAUAGACGUCUCUGUUUACAAGACGUGUAGCUUUUUUGUGUUGUAAUAAUGGUAGAAUACUUAAGACUUGAAGGUAAUAGUACAUGACUGUACUGAAAGUACUGUAGCCAUAUUUAAGGUUAAAGUAGGCAACCUAGAUGAGGCAAUACAAUAUUUAACGCACAACUUUACAACUGCCGAAUUUUGCUAAUGAUUUUUGUUUUGCUUCUGACAGUUUUUCCCUUUUACCACAAAAACACUACAAUGGAAGGGGUUUUUUUAUACCCUAACUGCUUCAGUGUUUGUGAUUCAUCAUGGCAGCAGGUCACCCACUCUUCGAACAACUUAAAUGCUUUUGGCUGUAAGAUGUGUUAUUCUGUGUAGUGUAUUUCAAUCUGAUAAAUCAUGAUAAUCCUUA